UUUCGUACUGCACUGCAGCGGGGAGGUCACACCCAGGCAUCCCAAUAGCUUCUCUCCUCACAGAAAAUGAACUGGUUCCUCUCUGUUGUUCCGAUCCUGAUUUCUGCAUUCUGACUCCUGACUCAUCGUUUCCUGCAGCUUCACUUAUUUCUGGUUUCAUUGAAAACAGGUUGCCAAAUAAUAUCAUUGAGAGCUCUCAGAAGCAGUUCAGCUCCUGGAUUUCUACCCGUGGUCAGAGAAAAUCCACAGUCACACCAACCGCCCAAGUGGGGACACUAAGCUCUGGGUGGAGCAUUAGAACCACAGGUUUCUUCAUCCUCCAGCUUCUCAAGGUCAUGGAAGAUCUAGAAGAAACAUUAUUCGAAGAAUUUGAGAACUACGCCUAUCCCACGGAAUAUUACUCCCCAGACUCUGAUGUGGAAGAGAAAGUACCCCUGGGAGUGGUUCACUGGGUCUCCCUCGUGCUAUAUUGUUUAGCAUUUGUCCUGGGCAUUCCAGGAAAUGCCAUUGUCAUUUGGUUCACAGGCUUCAAGUGGAAGAAGACAGUCACCACUCUCUGGUUUCUCAAUCUAGCCAUCGCAGAUUUCAUUUUUCUUCUCUUCUUGCCCCUGUAUAUCUCCUAUGUAGCCAUGAAUUUCCAAUGGCCUUUUGGGCUCUGGUUGUGCAAGGCCAAUUCCUUCAUUGCCCAGCUGAACAUGUUUGCCAGUGUCUAUUUCCUGAUGGUCAUUAGCCUGGACCGCUACAUGCACUUGGUCCAUCCUGUCCUAGCUCAUCGGCACCGAACCCUGAGGAAUUCCUUGAUUGUUAUUGUACUCGUUUGGCUUUUGGCUGCUAUAAUGGGUGGUCCUUCCCUGUACUUCCGGGACACUGAGGAGCUGAAUAACCACACUAUUUGCUAUAACAAUUUCCACAAGCAUGAUCCUGACAUCGCUUUCAUGAGGCACCAUGUUCUCACCUGGGUAAAAUUUAUUGUUGGCUACCUCUUACCUUUACUAACAAUGUGCAUUUGCUACUUGUGUCUCAUCUUCAAGGUGAAGAAGCGAAGCAACCUGGUCUCCAAUAAGUAUUUCUGGACCAUCGUAGCUGUGGUCCUGGCCUUUUUUAUUUGCUGGACUCCUUACCACCUGUUCAGCAUUGGGGAGCUCACGAUUCACCACAGUAGCUAUUUCCACCAGGUGCUGCGGGCUGGAAUCCCCCUCUCCACGGCUCUGGCAUUCCUCAAUAGUUGCUUGAAUCCCAUCCUUUAUGUCCUAAUUAGUAAGAAGUUCCAAGCACGCUUUCGUGCCUCGGUUGCUGAGAUACUAAAGUACACGCUGUGGGAAGUCAGCUGUUCUGGCAUGGCGGGCGAACAGCUUAGGAACUCAGAAACCAAGAACUCGUGUCUCCUGGAAACAGCCCAGUGAAACACUACUCUUCACAAAUCAGGAUCAGGCUUUUGUGUGGGUCUCCUGACGGAUGCUUUCAGAUGAUCUGGUCCCAGGAUACAGAGCUGGCCACAGCUUUUUGUUGUUGUUUUUGGUUAGUUCGUUGGCAUCACAUUUUUGCAUAGAUAUAACACUUACGAAAGAUUUUCAUUUUUUCCCCUGCUACUUAAAUUAUGUGUCAUUCUUGCUGAUUAUACUAUAGUGGAUUAAUCAUGGGUGUUGAGGCAAGUUCGGUUAUUAUUUUAUAAAUCUUAACAAAUGUCUGUAAGUCCUGCAUCUUAAUAUUAAAUAUGUUAUUAACUCAUUUCAAAAAUGAUAAAUUAAGUUUCCUUAAGCUUUUUAAUUUUGUACAAGUAACCUGUUAGAAAAGUUCUUAAAA